GAGAUCAAAACACUAAGCACAUUCCAUUAGGAAAAAUAAUCAAAGUCCCUACCACACUACACCACAUUAUUAUUUCCACAAUGCAAAGUUUUCUCCAAAUAACCACUUUUUCUCUCUUAAUCUUCUUCUACUCCCUUUCCCUCUCAAUACCAACCCAAGCUAGCUUUGAUAGAACCAUAGAAGAUGAAGAAGUCCAAGUCCUUGGUUUAAACUUCAAGAAAGAAAAGCUAACUCACUUCAAAUUCUAUUGGCACGACAUCGUUGGAGGGCCAAGGCCAACAUCAGUCAAGGUGGUGAACCCGCCAAGGAAGUCCACCACCGCGUUUGGUGUGAUGAACAUGAUUGAUAACCCGUUAACGGAAGGUCCUAAACUAGGGUCAAAGCUUGUAGGACGAGCUCAAGGGUUCUACGCCUCGGCUUGCCAAACGGACGUAGGGCUUCUGAUGGCCAUGAACUUUGGUUUUGUGGAAGGGAAGUAUAAUGGUAGUACCAUAACAGUGUUAGGGAGGAAUAUGGUGUUUAAUAAGGUUAGAGAAAUGCCUGUGAUUGGUGGAAGUGGAUUGUUUAGGUUUGCUAGAGGUUAUGUUCAAGCUAGGACUUAUACUUUUAAUCUUAAGAAUGGUGAUGCUACCGUUCAAUAUGAUUGCUAUGUUAUGCAUUAUUAAUUUUGUAUUACUACUUACUAGAAAAAUAAAUAUUUUUAGUAAGUUAGACAAUCAAAGAUAUUUGAAAGUGGUAUAAUGUAGCGUAUACUUUGGUAAAAGUUAUUGAUAAUAUGUAAGAGUGAAUCAAUUUACCUAUUUCAGGAAUUGAUUUAUCAGAUUUUAAGGUUAUUGUAUUGAAAUUGAGUUUAAUUAUCAUUUCAGGUAUUUUGUUGGUUCUUAAUAA